CUUUUUAUUUGCUUUAGCUUAACGUUACUGACAUUAGCUAGCCGGCUGGGUUAACAUUAGCGCUAUGUAAAAUAAGAAAAAAAAAAAAAAAGCUGUUUUGGCAACAGCUUUAGUUUAUUUACCAUCGGAUAGUGAGACCACCACAGUUUGCAGAUAUGCUCACUACUGUGCGGUGUGUGUUGUCCAAGCUGUUAAGUCCAUUGUGGAGCACUGUGCAAGUAGAUGAAGACGUCAUGUGGUCCUGUGCUGCAGACAGGGAGAAGAUUCGCCACCUGCGGGGCAGUGUGGUAACCCAGCUGUGCCUCGACUAUGGGAUGAUAGAUGAUACUGUCUACUUCACCAGUGCAGAGGUGUUGGGUGGGUUGCCGCUCCGAGUAGGGGACACAGUCAACUGCACAGCUAUACAAGGUGGUGAUCAAGGAGGCUGGAAGGCACUUAGGGUAGAGAAGAGCAUGAAUGCUUGGGAGGAUGGAGGAACCACCUCUCUUGAAGAAUACCGUAUGCAGCUGCGCCCUCUCAUUGGCACAGUCACAUCAUUUGAUGGAGAGAGCGGCCUCAUCAACCAAACCACUUCCUUUACACUCCACAGUCUUUGGGAAGGUUAUGUGCCAAUGAAGGGAGACUGGGUCCAAGCCAAAUAUUUUGUCACUCCCACCCAGUGGACAACCCAGGCUCAUUCUGUGGCCCCCUUGCGAUAUUGCCGCUUUGACAAGGUGCGUGUGUCUAGUGUGUAUGGUCAAAAUGGAGUGGUGGAGGACAGUGUGUUCUUCAGCCUGGACUCUCUGCUGUUGCCUGCUAACUACCAUCCUUCACCAGGGGAUUUGGUCAAUGUGGUAAUGGUGGAGAGCAGCCAGUCCUUUUACUGCUGGAGAGCCCUCUGCAUGGCACCCUGUCUACAGAGUGCGAAUGUUGCUGCAGCCCCACUCCCAGAGACUGAGAUCCAGAGCCUCCUGGAGGACAAAGGGGGGCUAGUUGUCUCAGAUUAUGGUCAUUUUGGGUCUUUGCUGUUAAAGGAGAGACGAAAGCUGGUGUUCUGGAUACAGAAUAACGGUUCAGAAACCCACAGGCUGAAGUGCUGUGAGUUUGCCGGCUGGGACUCAGAAGAACAGUUCACCCUGGGUGUAGCCAAAGAGCAUACUACACUGAGACAAGAAGAACAGAGUGACUCAAUGUCAGAGUGUGCUUUUGGGCCUUCAGAAGAAAACAUUCAUGAUGCAAAAGAAGUAGACACAGAAAAUGGUGAGGCUCAGCAGGAGACUAAACAUUUCCCUGCUGUAAGGACAGAACAAAGAGAGGCAGAUAUUGCACCAGGGGACAAGCUGUCUGUUGUAGUGGGCUGCCAAGCAAAGAACCUGGGGAGCUGUGCUGAGCUGCUAUUGCUGCACUUUUCCUCUUUCACCAUUGGGAGGCGCUUGGAGGUCACAGUGGGCAGUAAAGAGGAGAGCCUGCUGCAGCCACCUACACCCUACACGCCCUACACCGCCCAGGAUACUCACACGGGCCCCACAACACCUGCCCAUGUGAUCACUGUCUCAGCUCCAGCUGCCACUCCUAGGCUCACUAAGCGGCGGCUGCCAAACUUCCUGGGUAACUACCCAGUACCACAGGCUCUGAGAGACUGUGUGGAGGCUCGAGGUGAUGUGCUGGUGGUUGAGCCCUGCUUGGGAGAGGUCCUGUCACCAACCAACAUGCGUUCACGUUUCUCUUCCCUACUGUGGCUUGAGGAGCUGCAAGCAGAAAAAGAACUGAGGGAGUUCACCAUCACAGGUGCUCCACUCAGCAAAGGAUCCUCCUGCCUGUACUUAGAAGUCCAUGGCCUGACUGAGGGCAGACCCAGCCUCAAUAUAGGUGACAGAAUUACACUGAAGAAGCCACAGAGUGGUGGAGUGGUAAUGGAGUACAUUGGCUAUGUCACAGAGAUCCACGAUGAGCAAGUGAGUCUGAGAGUCAACUCAGAGUUUCAGCAGAGUUACCUUGGAGAGCCUCUUGAUGUUGAAUUCACUUACAACAGGUUGACCAUGAGGAGAUGUCACUAUGCACUUGACCAGGCAAAGCAGUUUGGGGAGAUUCUGUUCCCCACUAAACUGACUCUCCAGGCCCCCCAGUGGAGAGGAGAGUGGGUAGAAGAGCCAGACCAAGACAAAAUGGAAGACAACGAGGUGCCAGCCAUGGAAAAUGGGGAGAAAGUGUCAAGCAUUUCCAUCGACAUGAAGUCCAAGGCCACACAGACUAAAGACGGCAAACUACCAUCCAAACCCAUUCCCUGUGAAGGGCACUUCUUCAACCCCGACCUUAACCCACCUCAGAGGGAGGCAGUGAAGAGGAUCCUGUCAGGAGAGUGCCGGCCCCUUCCCUAUGUGCUCUUUGGACCACCAGGCACUGGCAAGACAGUCACCCUUAUAGAGGCCAUACUGCAGGUGUACCACUUUCUUCCCAGUAGCCGAGUACUGGUGUGCACUCCCUCCAACAGUGCUGCUGAUCUCAUCUGCAUUCGUCUACAUGACAGUGGUUUCCUCCAUGCUGCCAGUCUGGCCCGCGUCAAUGCCUCCUGCAGGCAAGAAGAGUUCAUUCCUGAAGUGCUGAAACAGUACUCGAGGGCAGGAGAAGACAUCCGACAUGCCUCCUUCCACAGGAUUGUGGUCAGCACCUGUUCCAGUGCCGGCAUGUUCUAUAAUAUAUCACUGCAAGUGGGCCAUUUCACUCACGUGUUCCUGGAUGAAGCAGGCCAGGCCACAGAGCCUGAGGCCCUGAUCCCCCUGAGCCUCGUGUCCGAGAGAGAUGGACAGAUAGUUUUGGCUGGAGAUCCCUGUCAGCUGGGGCCAGUGGUGAAGUCCAAGCUGGCCUCUGCCUUUGGCCUGGGGCUGUCAUUAUUGGAGAGGCUGAUGGCUGGCCCUCUUUACUCCAGGAAGGAGUGGGGAUAUAACCCUAAACUGGUAACAAAACUGAUGUACAACUACCGCUCCCAUGAGGCCUUGCUCAGGCUGCCCUCCAAGCUCUUCUAUCAAGGGGAGUUAUGUGUUAGAGCCCCAAAGGCUGUAGUGGACUCCCUCUGCAGCUGGAAACACCUUCCCAAAAAGGGCUUCCCACUGCUCUUCCAUGGAGUCAGGGGCACAGAAAUGAGAGAGGGUAACAACCCAUCAUGGUUCAAUUCUGGGGAGGCUGUGCAGGUCAUGCUGUACUGCUGUCAGCUGGCCAAGAAGCUCUACAACCCUGUGGAUGCCUCUGACAUUGGCAUUAUUGCCCCUUACAGGAAGCAAUCAGAGAAAAUCCGUGUCCUGCUGGGCAGGGUGGGCCUGUCGGACAUCAAGGUGGGCUCUGUGGAGGAGUUCCAGGGACAAGAGUUCCUGGUCAUCAUCUUAUCCACGGUGCGGUCUAACGAAAUGUUGCAGAGUGACGAUAUGCAGAGUGUGCUUGGCUUCCUGUCCAAUCCCAAACGCUUCAAUGUGGCUAUCACUCGGCCCAAAGCCCUGCUGAUAAUCGUUGGAAACCCCCACGUUCUCAUUAAGGAUCCAUGCUUCAGGAAUCUUCUACAGUACUGUUUUGACAAUGGGGCGUUCAUGGGCUGCGAUCCCCCAGUUUCCCUGAGAGCUGCCUCACAUGUAGGCUCAAACAUCGUAGAGUCUGCAUUAUAGAGAGCCAUGACCACCGUUAUUGUCAUGAUAGGCUAUAAAACAAAUAUUUUCUCCUACUUGGAAGUACCAGAUAGGUAGGGUUCCUACAGCUGCCAGUACAAUGAAUGCUAGAGCAUACUUUUAUCUGGCUGGCAAUUUAUGCCCCAUUUACACUGACCUAAAACCUCAUGACCGUCCAGGACUUGAGCUAGGGCUGACCUGGCCUUUUAGUACCUUUUUUAAGGCUGAUACUCCAAGCAUCUAAAAAAAUAAUAUUAAGAAUAUUUGCCACAACAAUGUUUGACUCAAGUUUGGUCAUUGACUCCAGCUCUUUCAAAACUGCAUCUGAACAAAAGAAUUGCCCUACCUCAGUUGUCUUGUGUUCUAUGCUAUGUCCUACUGUUCACAUUUCCAUGACUUGGCUUUCUGUUGACUGUUCCUACAUUGAGCCGCAACUGUCUAAUCAGUGUUAACUGAAGUAAUAUACAAAGAGAACUUUCUAGUUUCUGUAUGUGCUAAAUGCCGUUCCACUGGGUAGAAGAAAUAAAUAACGCUCAUGCACACUG